CCCAGGGGACGAGGUGAAAGAAGAAAUGGCCAGUUCUCAGGGACUGCUGACCUUCAGGGAUGUGGCCAUAGAAUUCUCUCAGGAGGAAUGGGGAUGCCUGAACCAGAGUCAGCGAGAACUGUACAGGGAUGUGAUGUUAGAGACCUAUGGACACCUCCUCUUCUUGGGCCUCAUUGUGUCGAAACCACACCUGGUCAUUUUUUUGGAACAAAAGAGGGAGCUCUGGGAUGUGAAGAGAGAGAAGACGGUAAGUUCACAACCUGGGGAGAAAAGGUACAUUGGCAAGGAAUGUGGCAAAACCUUUGACAGGCACUCGACACUAUCUCAACAUCAGCGAAUCCGUACUGCAAAGAAACCUUACAAAUGUCAUCAAUGUGGCAAGGCCUUUAGCCAGCAAUCAUUGCUUACUCAGCAUCAAAGAAUCCACACUGGAGAGAAACCUCACGAAUGUCAAGAAUGUGGCAAGGCCUUUAAAUGGCACUCAUACCUUAUUAAACAUCACAGAAUACAUACUGGAGAGAAACCUUACAAAUGUCAAGAAUGUGGCAAGGCCUUUAGGCAGCAAUCAUCCCUUACUAAGCAUCACAGAAUACAUACUGGAGAGAAACCUUACAAAUGUCAAGAAUGUGGCAAGGCAUUUAGCCACCGUUCAUCCCUUACUCAGCAUCACAGAAGGCAUACUGGAGAGAAACCUUACAAAUGUCAAGAAUGUGGCAAGGUCUUUGCCCAGCAAUCAUCCCUUAGUCGACAUCACAGAAUUCAUACUGGAGAGAGACAUCACAACUGUCAAGAAUGUGGCAAGGCCUUUAGCUACCCAUCAUCCCUUACUCAGCAUCACAGAAUCCAUACUGGUGAGAAACCUUACCAAUGUCAAGAAUGUGGAAAAGCCUUUAACUCUUCCUCACGACUUACUGAACAUCACAGAAUUCAUACUGGAGAGAAACCCCACAAAUGUAAAGAAUGUGGCAAGGCCUAUAAAGCUUACUCACAGCUUACUGAACAUCACAUAAUUCAUACCGGAGAGAAACCUUACAAAUGUAAAGAAUGUGGUAAGGCCUUUAGCAGAUACUCAACCCUUUUUCUACAUCGCAUAAUUCAUACCGGACAGAAACCUUACCAAUGUAACAAAUGCAGUAAAACCUUUAAUUUACCUUCAAGGCUUACUCAGCAUCACAGAAUCCAUACAGGAGAGAAACCUUACCAAUGUCAAGAAUGUGGUAGAGCCUUUAUGCGGCAAUCAUCCCUUACUCGGCAUCACAGAAUGCAUACGGGAGAGAAACCUUACAAAUGUCAAGAUUGUGGAAAGGUCUUUAGCCAGCAAGCAUCCCUUAGUCAGCAUCAGAGAAUUCAUAGUGGAGAGAAACCUCACAAAUGUCAAGAAUGUGGCAAGGCCUUUAGGUUGAAGUCAAACCUUAAUUACCAUCACAGAAUUCAUACUGGAGAGAAACCUUUCCAAUGUCAACAAUGUGGCAAAGCCUUUAGGAUUAAGUCAAACCUUAAUGGCCAUCACAAAAUUCAUACUGGAGAGAAACCUUACCAAUGUCAGAUAUGUGGCAAGGGCUUUACCAAAUGCUCAGAACUUCGUCAACAUCACAGAAUUCAUACUUGA